UUAUAUAGGGCAUCCAGCUCAUUCCAACAAAGGGUUCACCCUCCACCUUAUCCCAUAAAUCCCCAACACCCCCCAUUCCACCACCUCAAGCUCCACUCCAUCUUCUCCAAUGGCUUCCAAACCUCUUUCUCUCCUUCUCCUAACUCUCACUCCCUGCCUCUUCUUCUUCCUCAAUUCCAAUGCCCAAACAGCACCUGCGCCUUCUCCCUCGGGCCCUCUCAAUCUCACUGCCAUUCUCGACAAAAAUGGCCAAUUCACCACCUUCAUUCGAUUUCUCACCGAGACCCAGGUGGCCAACCAGAUCACAAACCAGCAAAGCUCCACAGAGGGCAUGACUGUCUUUGCUCCGACCGACAAUGCCUUCCAAAUCCUCAAAGCCGGAACCCUCAACGGCCUCACUGAGCAAGAGAAGGUCCAACUUGUUCUCUACCAUGUACUGCCCAAGUACUACAGCCUAGAGAAUCUUCAAACCGUAUCGAACCCCGUUCGAACACAGGCCACUGGACAAGACGGUGGUGCUUUCGGGCUCAACUUCACCGGAGAGGGAAACCAAGUCAAUGUCUCCUCGGGGGUUGUUGUCACUCCCAUCAACAAUGCGUUGAGACAGCAGUUCCCAUUGGCAGUCUACCAGGUUGACAAGGUUUUGUUGCCGGAGGAACUGUUUGGAGCUAAGCCUCCGGCGUCAGCUCCUGCACCGGAAAAGACCCCUGCUGGAACCCCGAAGACUAAGGACACAAAGGCCGCAGAGCCUUCGCCGGCGGAUAACAGUACCGGCGGUUCGGGCAAAACGAGUGUGGGAAUGGGGUUAGUCGUUGGGCUCGGGUUGAUUUGCAUGGUUACUCUGUCGUGAGCACAGAGUGAGCUCCCCUGAUGAUUUGGGUUUGUGCAAUUUGUACUGGUUUGUGUCAUAACUACUUCCAUUAAUUCUUGUUGUUGAUAAAUUUGUAUUCAUUCUUUCCUAAUCUGUAUUUUGGUCGUUUUACUUUUGUAUGGAAUUGUUAUAAAUUUUAUUUUUCAUGAGUUUUUAUACAUUA